CCCACCAGAAAGAAGAAAAAAAAAAAGAACCAAGCUGCCGGCAACAAUUUUCUGAGGAAACUGGUAGAAAGCUUGAAAUUUCUCCUUCUUUCUUGUUCAAUCACAAGAUUUGGGGCUUAGAAUUCUCUCUAAACGCAGAAAUUUCCAGAUCUGUUCUGCUCUGCGUCUUCCUCCCUUUGUUGUCCGCGACUUGUUGGUGGGUGGGUGGCGAAUUUUCAGGUUUUUUUGGAUAUGUCCGAGGUUAAGGACCUCAGACGUACUGCUAUAAUUCCUUAAUAACCGAAGUGAAGCACUUCCUAGUCAAACAGCUGCAUGACAGUUACGGUGAGCAUGCCCACACUAGAAUUUCUCUUAAUUUCCCGGUCCCGAAUUUAUCUCCUUAAGGAACACGUCACACUCCGAUUAUCCUGCUGAGCAAGCCACGUGGAUACCUCACAAAGGCCUAUAAAUACCCCCAGGGGCCACCUCAGAAAGGUAAUUAAAACCAACCUUCAGCUCUUUUUAUCUCCACCCUAAAGGUAGCCCCGAUUAUUGCUGACUUAAGCAUUGGAGUGUCUACCCCGAGGACCCACCUCGGGGCUUUGCAGGUACAUCCGAAGUGAAGAUGCGGACUGAAGAAGGACUUCUGGUUUGGUGCAAUUACAUUGGCGCCGUCUGUGGGAACUCGAAUAAAAAGCUUUAUUUGUAUGUUGAUCCGGUUGAUCGAAGGGAAGAGAAGAUGAGUGAAAGGCCCAUGGCCUAUUCUUUUGAGUUGCAAAAGUAGAUCUGAUGAAUUUGCCUAUUCUUUUGAGUUGCAGAAGUAGAUCUGAUGAAUUUACAGGGUGAGUUUGUUCACCUAUGAAAAAGAGAAGUUUUCACAAAAUAGAUCUGAUAAAUUUACAAAAUGGGUUUAUUCGCUUGUAAAGAAGAGAAGCUUUCACAAGAAGAUAAACAGAGGAGUAGAUUUGCACAAUUAUCGAGGUUCAGCUUCACACAAUUAUCGAGAGCCUAUUUCAUAAAAUAAAAGGUACGUAUGGUGUAAUUUCAGCCACGAAUAUUCAAAGAAGGAAAAAAGGUGUCAGUAAAGCACAUGUUUAAGG